AAAUUUUAUAUUUUGUGUGAUUCUGUACUUAUUUUGAGUUUAUGUAUAGUACUUUUCAUGUGGUCGUUAUCAUGUUUGCUGCCAUUGACGGCGAUAGACGUAAGAUUCAUUUUAAUUCCGAGUGCGGGAAUGAGUGCCGUUGAAAGGCGAAAAUUGAAGUGGGAGGAAUGGUGGUGAAUUAUCGUGUUUUGGUACCACUGACGGCCAUAAACGUCAAAUUCAUUUGAAUAUGGAGAGUGUAAAAUUGUGGGUUACCUUAAAAGUCAGUCGUACGCGAUUCUAUAAAUAUCCUGCAACUACACUCAAACACGUCUCGGUCUGACGUUGAAUUUCGCACAAUUGUCAAAAGAUGGCGAUAGUGCGCCACAAGUUGUUUGCUCACCGCCCAAAGAAAGUAUCCGAAGAAGAUGAAUUAGCAACACAGUAAUAAGUAGUAGGACGCUAGCGACAUCUCGCUCAUUUCUGUUAGACGAUUCCAUAGAAAACUGCCACAUAAUCGGCCCUAGUUGUGCACUUUAAAUUCAAUUUUAUAUUUGAUUUGAGCUCAAGAGAUCUACCAUCUGACGUAAGCGGUCAGUGCACUAGACAUCGUCAUGGCUCAGGAGACCAAUCAGAGCCCAGCUCCUAUGCUCUGUGCUACUGGCUGUGGUUUCUAUGGUAACCCCAGGACUAAUGGCAUGUGUUCUGUUUGCCACAAGGAACACCUGUCAAGACAGAACAAUGGCGGAGUCAGUUCCCUCAGUCCUGUGGGCAGCAGCAGUGGCCCCACAGUCGAGGCUUCAGCAAUCCAGAGGUUAGAGGCCACCUUGAAUAAUGCUGCAGCUGCAUGUGCGGCGGCAGCAGAGGUUGCAGCUGAGGCUGCAGCAUCGGAAACUCUCAGUGCAAUAUCAACAACAGUUUCUAUAACACAAAAGAUGGCUGAGAUGAGUCUGUCGCUUGAGAAAGGAGCAUCGGGAUCGGGGAGUAAAGCAGAACUCUCAGAGCCGGUCGCUGAUCAGAUCACUGUUGCUGUCUGUCCACCCUCCACUGCUGGCAGUGAAGAGUCCCAAGCCUCGGAGCCUCCCAAACCCAAGAAGAACCGUUGUUUCAUGUGCCGCAAAAAGGUUGGACUUACAGGUUUUGAAUGCCGCUGUGGGAACUUGUUCUGUGGCUUUCACCGUUACUCAGACCAGCACAACUGCCCGUACGACUACAAAGCUGAAGCUGCGGCCAAAAUUCGUAAAGACAACCCCGUGGUGGUUGCGGAUAAGAUCCAGAGAAUAUGAGGAGAACUUUGAUUUACUUGGAUCGACCGGCUUUACACAAAAUGGACUUCAGCCCCACAGUCUCUGAUGGACCCCAGCAUCCACUAAUGAAUUUCUUUCUGUUGAUCCCUCUUUCCAAUUACCAUUCUUUGUGUGAUUUUUAUUUUUAGAAUGUGUUAGUAAAUCGUAAGGAAGGGUAAUUGGGUCCGUAUUAUAGUAUCCAUCCAUUUUCUAUACUGCUGUUCCCGUGUUGCCCUUGAUGGAAAAAGUGAUUUUUCUAUAGAGCAGUUGAAGGUUGCCCGGUGGCUAUUGUGAUCCUCCAUUAAGAUAGAAGGACCGCAUGUUUGGGCUGUACUGAAACCGUUACUGCUGUUGGCUUGUGAUGCCAUCCCAGCCAUGCUUGCUCUCUGCUGGCAUGAGUAGCAAAGUGGAUUUUGGAGUUGUCCCCCUUUAUUUUAGGUUUGGCUCCUUGCUCAGAAUCUAACCUUUCUGAAACGGUCAGGUAAAUGCAUCCUGUGUUUGCAAGUGCGUGGCGCCAUGUGUUCAUGUUGCUAACAAAAUAUAGUAAAAUUGUUGGAGUGUGUCGGUGUGAAUUUUUGAGAAAGAUCUGAAUGUUGGCACAUCAACUUUGUGCUCUUUAGGUCCUUGAUUAACACAACUGUUUCUUCUAUUCUCAUACACCCCCCCCCCCCCUUCACUGUUUUUCAACAAUGUGUAUGUUGUUGUCACAUGACAAGUAGCCUAAACUUGAAUAAUUCGUUUGGCCUUUGACAGGGUUUGGUCCCACUAAUACUUUCCGUUAGUCUUCACUUUUGAAUGUUUUCUGCUGUUUUAAUGUGAGUUAAUAUUCACAAUGUUGGGAGUGUUACAUUGUUGCGAUCUAUAUAUAAAAAUAGACAUUUUUUUUGUUGGGAAAAGACGUGAAUGGUUGUUGACUGAGUAUAUGAGGUGACUAGUGAUCAUUAAUUUUUGUUUCUUUUCUGGGGGCAGGAGGGUUCUGGCUGCCCCCCCCCCCUUUUUUUUUUUUAACCCUUUUAGUUAUGCAAGUUUGUACAAACAUUUAUUUAUAUACUGCAGUGUGCGUAAUCUUUCAAUAAUACAGAGUAAGUUGUAUGAUGUAAAUAAAAUGUGUUCACAAAAUCAU